AUGGAUCAUCACGCCCACGGACACAACCCUCCUUCUGAACCCGCCACUCCUACCACCCCAAGACCCACCCUCUUCCUCUCCGCUUCCGGCAAGGCUCUUGUCGUUUCCAACUCCAACAAAAAUCUCAUAAUUUCCAAUUCUGGAAAACGCCUCGAUAACGUUAGUAGCAAGAAAAAAUAUGUCAAACAGGUCACCGGUCGUCACAAUGACACCGAGCUUCACCUCGCCGCUCAACGCGGCGAUGCCUCCGCCGUUAGGCAAAUUCUCGCCGAGAUUGAUGAUCAAAUGACCGGAACCCUAAGUGGAGCCGAGUUUGAUGCUGAGGUUGCGGAUAUAAGGUCUGCUAUCGUCAAUGAGGUCAAUGAGUUGGGUGAAACCGCUCUGUUCACCGCCGCUGAUAAAGGUCAGUUCGAUAUCGUCAAGGAGCUUCUUCCUUAUACCACCGGAGAGGCGCUUUCUUUCAAAAAUCGCUCUGGCUUUGAUGCCUUGCACAUUGCAGCAAACCAAGGUUACAAAGAUAUUGUGCAGUUGCUGCUAGACCAUGAUCCUGGGCUAAUCAAGACAGUUGCACAGUCAAAUGCAACUCCUCUUAUAUCUGCGGCUACAAGAGGGUAUGCAGAUGUUGUUGAACUUCUACUAUCAUGUGAUCCUAGUCAGUUGGAGAUAGCUAGAUCCAAUGGAAAGAAUGCACUCCAUUUAGCUGCGCGUCAAGGUUAUGUUGAUGUCGUCAAGAUUUUGCUAGGGAAGGACCCGCAGCUUGCUCGAAGGACUGAUAAGAAAGGACAAACUCCACUUCAUAUGGCUGUCAAAGGGGUUAACUGUGAAGUGGUGAAGUUGCUUCUCGCUGCUGAUGCUGCAAGUGUCAUGCUUCCUGACAAGUUUGGCAACACUGCAUUGCAUGUAGCCACCAGGAAGAAGAGGGUAGAGAUAGUGAGUGAGUUGUUGCUUCUUCCUGACACAAAUGUGAAUGCCCUCACAAGAGAGAACAAAACAGCUCUUGAUUUUGCAGAAGCACUUCCAAUAUCCGAGGAAAUUUUGGAGAUCAAGGAUUCCCUUAUUCGUUAUGGUGCAGUUAAAGCCAAUGAUCUCAACCAGCCAAGGGAUGAGUUAAGGAAAACCAUGACACAGAUUAAGAAGGACGUUUCUUUGCAGCUUGAACAAACUCGAAAAACAAACAAAAAUGUGAGUGGUAUUGCCAAGGAAUUACGCAAGUUGCACAGAGCAGGAAUCAACAAUGCCACCAACUCUGUAACUGUGGUUUCUGUGCUAUUUGCAACAGUUGCAUUUGCGGCACUUUUCACGGUCCCCGGCGGGGAUGAUUCUCAUGGGAUGGCUGUGAUGGUGCACACUGCAUCUUUCCAGACCUUUUUCCUCUCUAAUGCCAUUGCACUUUUCACUUCAUUGGCCGUGGUUGUGGUUCAAAUAACAGUUGUUAGAGGGGAAAUAAAGUCCGAGAGGAGGGUUGUGGAGGUGAUCAAUAAACUGAUGUGGUUAGCCUCUGUCGGCACCUCAGUUUCCUUCGUUGCAGCAUCUUAUAUAGUAGUUGGUCGGCGCAGCCAAUGGGCAGCAAUCCUUGUCACUGUUGUAGGGGCAAUUGUAAUGGGUAGUGUUCUUGGUGCAAUGACAUACUAUGUUGUCAAAUCCAAACGUUAUCGAAGAGUGAAGAAGAAAGAGAAGAAAGAGAAGAUCUCAAGGAAUGGGACAUAUUCAUGGCAUCUUUCUGAUUCUGAAUCCGAAGUAAAUCCGAUUUAUGCUAUUUAA